UGGAAGGUUCCUCGACUUGCUGGCGACCAACUGGAAAUUUUGAAUUUUCUUCCCAACCAAAAUCCACAACCAAGUCAUAUAAUACUCUCUAUUCACGGUCUUUCUAAUUUCAUUCGGUGAUCCCUAAAUUUUAUAACUUCAAGGGAGAACAAAAACCCAAAUUGAAAAAAAAAAUGGAGAGCAUGAUACCCACAUGGCAAGUGUCGUUUUUGUGUGGAAUUUUGACAUGGAUUGUAUUGUCUUCGAUGUUUAAUCUGACCCGAAUGAUUAGAUCUUUGACCCAACCAUGGGUUUCGAGUUGUGUAGCCUCUGGUCUACCGGUUAUUCUUCAGAUUCAGAAAUACCAGCAUACAGUAUUGGAUGCUUUGUUUGUGGGGUUAUCUUCAGUUGUUUCUGUUCCUUUUUAUACUGGCUUUCUUCCAUUGCUGUUCUGGAGUGGACAUGGGAAAUUGGCAAGGCAAAUGACAUUCCUGAUGGCGUUUUGUGAUUAUACGGGAAACUGUAUAAAGGAUGUGGUGUCAGCUCCUAGACCCAAAUCACCACUUGUGAGAACACUGACGGUCACUAAAGAUGAGAAAGAAAAUGCAACGGAAUACGGAUUUCCUUCUUCACAUACUCUUAAUACCGUCUGCUUAUCAGGGUACCUCUUGCAUUAUGUCUUGUCAUACAAUGAAAGCUCGGAUGCAUCCUUUCAACUAACUGCAUUUGCAUGUGUUUGCUUGUUUGUUGGCCUUAUUGGGUUCGGACGUAUAUAUCUUGGCAUGCACAGUGUGGUUGAUAUCGUUGGUGGUCUUGUGCUCGGAUUAGCAAUUCUUGAAUUUUGGCUAUGCAUUCAUGAACAUGUUGACAGUUUUGUUAUAUCGGACCAAAAUGUUACAUCCUUUUGGGUUGCACUUAGCAUCCUUUUGCUGUUUGCCUACCCGACACCAGAGCUUCCUACUCCAAGUUUUGAGUUUCAUACGGCGUUCACAGGUGUCGCGUUGGGAAUUGUGACCGGGGUACAACAAACAUAUGAUCACUUCCACCAUGAACACGUGGCCCGCGUGUUCACCCCUGAGCUCCCCAUUGCACUUUUUGCUGGUAGGAUUCUAGUUGGCAUCCCGACCAUACUGGUGGUUAAAUUCUGCAGCAAGGCUCUAGCAAAAUGGAUCCUACCCAUUACAGCUAACGCAUUAGGCAUCUUUAUAAGAUCUUCGGGCUACGUACCCGCUUUGACCACUUCUUCAACCGUCAAAAAGUCAAACGAAGUCAAACAGUCAAAUGGGUAUCUCCAGAAAAUGUUGUUUUUCAGUAAUCAGGAUUCAUUUGAUGUGGAUACAGGUAUAAGGUUGCUGCAAUAUGCGGGUCUUGCUUGGUCUGUAGUAGAUCUUGUCCCUUCAAUCUUUUCUCAACUCAACUUGUGAUCUUUACAUCCCCGUCUUAGUUUCCGGAACAUAUUUUUAAACUGGCAAAAAUACCCUUGGAGGGUGUUUCGUUAAUCUAAAAUUUUGGUUUGGGUAUGAUUAUUUGCUGUAGGGUUUUGCCAUAAAAUGCAUUGUAUUAUACUGCAAUCUAACUCUUGGUUGUUGAUGGGCUAACAGUAGCUGAUAUAUAGAAACAUUAAUGUAUAUGAUUGUAACAUUAUUUCUCUUGUUAGUGUUUGUAUGAUUUUAUGUAAAGUUAUCGAAAUAUUCUAUGGUAGAGCUUGACCA